CAGGUAGGGGUGGGAGAGGACAACAUGCCAAUAUGCUGAACACUGACCAACUGUUGGUUAGGGCCAUAUCGGAGAGACCAAGGAAGAGCACAGAGCCCUUGGUUCCAGGGACAACUACAGGACUGUUCAGCCUUCUAUCAAACAUCUCUCCGGAGGAGCAGGGCCGCCUUGGGAGCGGAGACAGUCUCCAGAGUCAGAGCUGCCAGCAGCAAAGGUCUUACAGCGCAGGGCAGACAACAAAGAAAGAACGAAAACCCCGGAGGCGCAACAAGAAAGGACGUGGCUCAGCUGAGGCAGAGGAUCUCUUCAGUUCACCUCGGAAGCCUUCCUUCCCUUUCCAGUGGGCCUGGGAGAGCUUCAUCAUAGAUGGCCAGGCUCUGCUUCAGUCAGGCUCCUCUGUGGCCGUGGGCCAUCGAUCCUUGCUCUUCCCUCCAGCAGCCCCCCAGUGCAAGACCAGGCACAAGUCAGUAGCCAACCUCUCAGAAGACCUUCGAGCCUGCCACAAGUUGGAAGUGCAAAACCUGGGAAGGAGAUAUCAGCCUGGGGCCUGGGCCAACAUUUCCCUGCCUGUGGGCAAGGCUGAGAGCCAAGGGCUAGAGCGACCCACCUUCUGGUCAACAGGGAAAGGGUCAGGGUCAGAGUGUGAGGAUGUCUCAGAGGUAGAAGGCCAGAAUGCUGACGAGGCUGAGAAAAGUCUCAGCACUGGGGAACUGCCCCAGCUCCCAGGGCAAGGUUUGACCUUGGAGGAGGAGUUGAUCUCAGAGGUGAUGGAGGAGGAGGAACACAACAGGAAAAAGGGCAGUUCUGUCAACAAGGGGAGGAAUUCUGGAGAGAAGGGCUCAGAAGAAGGGGAGCUGCAGAGCCACAACCAGGGAAGCAGCUCUAACUCCAACAGCCUCCGAAAGUCACCAAAGGGGACCUCAGGGGCCAAGGAAUUCAAGGGGCCCUGGGACCUGGAGCGGCUCCACAGGCAGUUACAGGAGGAAUUGGAAAGUGGUCCCCAGAAGCAGACCUGGAAGGCAUUGCGGGCAGCUGUCCAGGCCUCUGCCAGAAACAGGAAGACCCCCGUCACGGGAGAAGAGGAAAGUUUCUUGACUACCAACUUCCCUAAUCGUACCUUCCAUAAACGACAGGAGGCCACCAGGACUUGGGCUCUUAGAGACACGUACUUCUUCCCACAGUCCCUCACCUCUGGACCACAUGCUCCUCCAUGCUACCUUGGCCUUCCUCGAGCUCCUGAUCCCCAUGGACAUCCCCCCUUUCUCACCAGAAACCUGCUGCAGGCCUGGGAACAGCAGCAGCUGAAGGAGAAGCAGCAGGCGGAGAUGCGCAGGGCUCGCGAGCAGCAGGUGCAGCAGCAGGUGGCUCGGUGUCUGGCGGCCUAUACGCCCGGAGGGAACAGAGGGACCCUGGGUGCUCAGCGCAAACUAGAGGAGCUGAGGCGCAAGGAGCGACAGCGUUUUGCCGAGUACCAAGCAGAGCUCCAGGGCAUCCAGCAUAGAGUGCAGGCCCGGCCCUUCCUGUUCCAGCAGGCCAUGCAGACCAACGCCAGGCUCACAGCAAACCGGCGCUUCUCCCAGGUGCUAUCAGCAUUGGGAGUGGAUGAGGAACAGCUGCUGGUUGAGGCGGGCAAUGCAGAGGGCAUCCCCCGGAAACACAGGAGCUACCGGUCAUUUGGAGUAGAAAUGGAGUCCUCUCCUCAGAGUCCCCCAAAGACAGAGCCAACCAGCAGCCAGCCUGGAAGACACCCUUCCCCAACCCUGGACUGAGAGAAAAAUUAAAUGCUUUAUGGCCAA